GAUGUUCUCCACACAAUCCCCACGAUUUCAUUCUCACGUUAAACAUUCCGAGACUUCCAAUUCGCUGUUCGUCGUUAUACUUUGGAGACAUUGGACUGGGGAUCGUACCAGCCUCGGUCUUGUUUCUACUUGAGUUGAUCAUAUGCUUCUGUUUGACCUUCCACAAGCUAUGGUUUGAGGAGUGUUCUCAACUACAUGCCCUCGCCCGUCAAUACAGUCCUCUCCCACUCUCUGCGUCUGUCUUCAUCUCCAACAAGUGAAACAAUUUCACUUCAAAACUACUUUCAUUUCACAUACAUGCAUUUUCCACACCUGUCGGUCUUGUGCUUGUAAUUUCCUAUUCUCCUUUGAGCUCCGCGAGACCAAUACCUUUUUGGAGCGCGCACAUGUUAUUAACACUUCUUUGUUCUUACUCGGCAUCUUCUCUUUUGUACAACAACAUACAACUUUAAUCAAUAUGAUAGAUCAUGUUCUAGGGCGACCUUCUGUAAAGUUUCGUAAGAUACAAGUUUUGGCGGUGGUUUCUUUCUGGUCGUUCUACCUCUUCAAAGGGAACAGAGAUGGUCCGCCAAAACUUAGAAAACUAUCCCGUCUACUCGAAAAAUACCUGACACCAUGGCAAACUCUUGUCAUAACCCUCCUCUACCUUUACAUUGCACGAAACUUGGGAAAACUCGUUGGCCUAGAAUGUCCGGAGCCCUUGGCAAACCUGUACACGAGAUCAUACUUUCGAGCAACAUGGGUCACCACAGCUUUGGAUGCGGGGUUUUGGAGUGCCAUGCGUAUAAGGCGGAAGUGGAUUCGUGAUUUUGCUGGUGUCAUAUUCACGUUUUAUUAUUUGAUUGCUGCAGAGCAAGCGGACGAAAAAGUGAGAAAGGUCAGAGGGAUGCUGACCGUGGACCAUUUGAGAGUUAGCUGGAAUAAAGGAACCACUCCGUACCUGGGAUUUUUGUCGAAUCUGUUACGACCAAGAUUCAUGAGAUAUCCACCUAGGGCGAUCCGAAUACCGAGACCAUCGAGCAGUGAUUACAAAGACCCAGUCAAUGGAUGGCUGUUCUUCGAUGGGCCACUAUCAGCUUUGAAAGCCCAUACAAAGAUCGUUUUGGAUAUCCCUGGUGGAGGAUUUGUGGCAAUGGAUCCAAGAACGAAUGAUGACAAAUUAUUCGCAUGGGCAGGGAAGACUGGACUGCCAGUGUUGAGUUUGGAUUAUAAGAAAGCUCCAGAGUUUCCAUAUCCUUAUGCACUGAACGAAUGUUACGAUGUCUACAGUACAAUAAUCGCGAGUCGAGGUCGUUGUGUGGGAUUAUCCGGAGAUACAAUACCAAAGGUUGUCAUUACCGGAGAUAGCGCUGGUGGAAAUCUAGCUGCUAGCACCACGCUGAUGAUUAUUGAAUCUGGAAAAACAGAUGCUCGACAAUUCAUGGGACAAGGAACACUUCCUAUUCCAGAUGGUUUAGUUCUCAUUUAUCCUGGGUUGGACAUGAACAUUGGAAAUUGGAUGAGUGAUGAACAGAUGAGUUUGAUUAAAGAGAAGAAAUAUAGGAAGACGAAUAAGGGGAUUAUUCAAAGGAAAAGUAUGCAAUAUACUUUGGCGGCAGGAACACCCCAUCAAAGUGAAGAUGAGGAUGAAAGUCCAAUGAAGUUGCCCUCGCCACCUGUUAGCAGGGAAGAAACCACAGAGCUUUCUCCUCGAAAACCUUCUAAAAUUUCGCUACCCUCUCCUCAAUAUAGCACUGCUGCUCCUACAAUUCUUUCCCCGUCUUUGACGAGAACUCCGGCAAAUAUUGAUCCAUUGACUCCGUCAACGUCCCAUCAUCCAGCACCUCUACGCACUCGCCUUGCCAUGUCAUCUAUGAUAUCGUACUUUAACGAUCGUAUUCUUACUCCAGAAAUGAUGCGUGCCAUGAUAAUUCUCUACAUAGGCCCUCACAACCGCCCUGACUUUUCAACAGAUUAUCUUCUAUCUCCAAUUCUAGCACCUGAUUCAUUACUAGCUCAAUUCCCAAAAACCUACUUUAUCACUGGUGAACGAGAUCCAUUAGUAGACGACACUGUCAUCUUUGCAGGAAGAUUAAGACGCUGUCAAGGAGAAGAUGCUGCAGAAGUUAUGUUAAUUCCGGGUAUCAGUCACGGGUUCUUACAAUUCGUCGGAAUCUUCCCUGAAGGUUGGAAAUAUAUUUUUCAGUGCGGAAAAUGGAUGCAAGAGAUUUUCAGUGAGUCAGAACAGAGAGAGCUUGCAAAAGCAAAUGGAAAUGAGAGACAUCAUAGGAGGACUAGAACAGAAAGUUCUGGGGAUGAAGAUAUGGGGCUGGAAAUGCGAAUGAGUAUCAGUGGAAAGGGCAAAGGACCAGGGGAUGUGAAUGGGAACGGCGAGAGGAGAAGAAAGGAAAAGCUCUUGAGAGAAGAAAUUGGGAGUGGGGAGAGAGGAAGAACGAGGUUAAGAGGAGGACUCAAAAGACAGAAAAGUAUGGUCAGUUUGGCUAGUGAGGAUGAUCUUUUGGGAAGAAGAAUGUUAGGAUUGGUGGGGGGCUUGACAGGGAGAGGUGAUGAUGGUGGCGCUGAUGAUUGAGAUCUGAUUGGAGAGAAGGGCGGGGAUUACCGCGGCUUUGUGUAUCUUGAAUUUUGGAUUAGUUAGAGUUUACGAAAUCGAUAUUUUUACAAC